AGGAAGAAGAGAAAAAGGUAUGGGAAAUGAAAUGCAUGCUGGGUCUAUAAAAGACGAGGUGGUUCACCAAAUGAUGGGUUAAAACUUUUUUUGAGUGCUAUUUGUGGCCUGGUGCUUUUCACACCAGAUACAAGAGCAUGGAGACACUUCUUUUUCUAUUUCCUCAAUUCAACUACAUGGCCCCAAAGGAGGAAGCAUAUUUCAAAAUGCUGGGUCCAGAAGACUUGCAGUCACCAAAAAUGAAGGACGAUUCGAGCAGACUGAAAGACAAGGAGAGAAAGAGCCGACUAAGCCUUUUUCUCACCAAGUCAGGCUCUCAUGAAAACGUCAGUCCUCAUAAAAAGACAAAUACGACAUCCAGCAACAUCUCACCGGAGGCGGCACUGAAAUGGAGUGACUCCUUUGAAGAAGUUAUGAAAGACUCAGAUGGAGUAGAAACGUUUUCUCAGUUCCUCAGGUCAGAGUUCAGCGAGGAAAACAUUGAAUUCUGGCUGGCCUGUGAAGAGUACAAGACCAUCGAUUCUGAAACCAAACUGAUGUCCAAAGCCAAAUACAUUUAUACAGUUUAUAUCGAAUCAGACGCACCUAAAGAGGUCAACAUCGACUACAGCACCAAGGCAGCCAUCCAGAGGAACAUAUCUCAGCCCACGAGGAGCUGUUUCGAAAGCGCACAGAUGAAAGUUUACAGCUUGAUGAAAAAGGACUCCUACCCCAGGUUCCUGCACUCUGACAUUUAUCUGCGUCUGACUAAAAGAAAAGGCCCCGGGGCGACCAUGUUUCGCAGAAGGUCACGCUCCUGUGUUUUCAAUGAGAGAGGCGAGGCCACAACUCAGCCUUCAGCUUGGUAGUAACGUGGCAUUCCUACAGCAUUUAUUUAUUAACAGGUUCGCUUCAGCUGAUUGCAUUAUUUUUGUAAAAGUCAGAGUGGAUUGGAUCUCAUAGAUCAGGGGUGUCAAACUCAUUUUAGUUCAGGGGCCAUAUCCUCCCAAUAUGAUCUGAAGUGGGCCGGACCAGUAAACUAAUAACAUAAUAAUGUAUAAAUAAUGCCAAC